AUGAGCCAGAAGAACAACGCGCGAGCCAGCACGAGCAACGCGCAACCUAGCCGUCAGGAGGACCCGCCGCAAGAGCCUCCCAGCUCGUGGGGAUCAUGGGUCGGAGUCAAGUAUUAUUCGCUGGACGUUGCGCAGAAUCCUCUCCGGGCCCGUAUGUGUGGAUUUGGUGACAAGGACCGUCGACCUCUGGCUCCUGCAGCGGUGGCCAAGAUGAUCGUCCGGAGAGAAGAUGGAAGUGCUCUUGAUGUGGAUGACAUAGAUACAUCCUUCUUUCUGGUGACUGUAGACCUCUGGUCGGCGGACGGGAAGCAAGAAAUGAACCUUGUCUUGCACCCUACGUCUGCUGACCGGUACGUACCCGCAAACACCCCCAAACCGAAGCGGCGGGGGACCAACUCGACGGCGCAGCGGUCGAAUAGCGGUAGAAAAAGCCCCACUUCGCCCGCACCCGUUCCUCCGGCGCCCGCUCCUACUCAAGGCAGGUAUCCCCCUCAGGUAUAUCCCUACGCCGCCCAACAGCCGCCGGUUUCGGAAUCCUCAAGCUAUCAGUCGAUAGGUACCUACGGAGCGCCGUCCGACGCCUCUCAGACAUGGGCAUAUCCUCCUCCGACUUCGAUGGAACGCGCUUCGCAGUACCCGCCGGCCCCUGUCCUGCCUUCGAUCCACUCUCUGGGGAGAAAUGGCUCGUCCAGUAACGGUUCUGCGGCAACAGUAGGUUACAACUCCGCCACUGCAUCAGGAGCCGGAGCGGGAGAAGGAUGGCACCUCGAGAACCAGGGAAGGGAGGAUGCAGGUGGGAUGGGAUACCGCACAUGGCCUCCGGACGCUUCGUAUCCUCCGAUUGACAACAAUGGGGUCACCCGUCCGUCGGGGGCGAUCGAACCGUCCCUUCGGGCCUCGCAUGCCUCAGCGUCCACUUCGGACGUGCGCGAGAACUCGUGCGUGCCGCUUGCACCCACGCCCUACGCCGAAACUCACUUCCGUUGUAGAUACCCACAGGAACCAUACAAUCCGAUCGGACAGCCCGGGACGGCUCAGUCGCUCGAAGGCUCGGCCUACGCGUCAGCACCAUACCCUUCUCAGCAGCAUCAACCGCCGCCGCCACCAUCACAGGCGCAUCAGCCGCCAUCCCAAUACCAGGAAGCUCCGUACGCCCAAGAUCCUACACCGCCCUCCGCUAUGCCCCCUUUGCCUCGACAUACGUACACGAGAACGCUCGUUGGACCCUUAUGCGCGAACGCCUGCCGCCUAUUGGACGAACACCGCACGCCAGGCAUCUUCUUUCUAUUUCAAGACCUGUCUAUCCGUACAGAAGGGACCUUCCGUCUUCGACUACGCCUUAUGAACGUCGGCUCACCGCCCGCACCUGAGCCUGGAUCGCGUUUCAUUAACAUUGGAUUCUCCAAGAUUCUCGCUCAAACAUUCACCGAUCCAUUCGUCGUCUACUCGGCGAAACGAUUCCCUGGCGUGCCAGAAACUACCGCCCUCUCGAUAGCCCUCGGCAACCAAGGCCAGAAAUUGCCUCUUCGCAAUCGGAAUACCUCCACGAAGCAGAGUCGUAAGCGACCGCGCAGCGGAUCCGAUGGGUCGGGUGGUGAGGAAUCCGACGAUGCAUGA